AUGGAUGCUUCUCCAUCUUCUGGCGAGCCCAAAACACCUUCUCCCUUCCCCAGAGACCCAGAACCUGAUGUCGACCUCGGUCAGGGGGACAAAGACGCUGUCCACAAUGGCAGCGGCGCCUUGUCCCGUCCAGAGGCAGCAACAAACACCACGCCGGCAGAUAUCCGGCCCCUCGACGUGGUCACUCAGACUCGACAAAAGACUAUGCCUCAGCUUGCUGCUCUCGACCCUGGAGACCACCAUUGCUUCCUGAUCAUCUUUGCAAAACUAAGUGACAUUCUCGGCUGCAAGUUGAUGCUUGUCUCUGGCAUCACUCUUUUCACCAUUUUUUCCAUUGCCUGCGGUGCUUCCGAGUCAAUGCUGCCAUUAAAUGGUUUUCUCACGGGCUUCCCUUUCAUGGCCGCAAUAAUCAACAUCCCGCAGCGGCUGCAGACGGUCAACUCGACAACCGCCAUCGGCGCUGGACUCCGCAUGCUACCUCUGCUACUUCUGUCCCCUGUGGCAAGCGCUCUCUCUGGCGUGUUGAUUACGAAGCUCAAAGUCCCCCCGCUUUACGUCCUCACCCUGGGCGGAGUGCUUCAGGUGAUUGGCGUCGGUUUGUUCAGCUCACUUGAUUCGACCACUCUGAAGGUCCCAGAUGCACAGUACGGCUAUCAGCUGUGCUCCAAGUCCGGAUACCUGGCUGACUCAAGUGCGACUCAAACAGCCGUGACAAUGGGCGCCGUGACACAAACCCGUGUCCUAGGCGGCACUAUUGGCCUUGCCGUCUGCUCUGCAUUGCUGAUUGACCACAUCAGGGCUCAAGCCUCGGCCAUCUUGACGCCGGCGGAACUGGCCAGCAUAUUGUCAUCGUCAGGCAACAUCGCCUUGCUGCCCCCGGACAAGCAGUAUGAGACGAGGGUCAUUUUCGCCGAGGCCUAUUCGCGGCAAAUGAGGGUCAUGUUGUACUUUUCCUUGGCUGCCCUCUUUUCGAUUCUACUUCUGUUUGAAAAGAAGCCGAGGCGAGCAGUGACUACAACAACAGAGGAAGAUACGACACGACCGUCUUCAUAA